CCUAAGUAUAAAUGAGCUUGAACAUGUUCAACUUUCUUCAGAGGAUUCUCUUGGAAUGUGACAGGUGGAUUUCUAAAAUAAUCUGAAUUGAGUCAGCACCACCAUGUUCAAAUUAACUCUCAUAGCAGGACUGCUACUUUCUCUUCAACUUGCCUAUUCUACAAAGCUGGUGUGCUACUUCAGUAACUGGUCCCAGUACAGGCCAGGCAGUGGCCGUUUCACUCCUGAGAAUGUUGAUCCCUUCCUCUGCACACAUGUCAUCUAUGCACUGGCAACCAUCAGCCCAGACAAUCAGCUUACUACUAUGGAAUGGAAUGAUCAGGACAUGUACAAGAAACUGAACAGCCUGAAAAAUGUAAACCCUUAUUUGAAGACACUGCUGUCAGUUGGAGGCUUGUACAAUGGCAUCAACCCGUAUAUUAAUAUGGUGGCCACUCCAGAAAAUCGUAGUACCUUCAUCCGUUCUGCUCUGGUUUUCCUCCGGGAUCAUGAUUUUGAUGGCCUAGACCUGGCCUGGGAGUUCCCUGGACAGAAUGGUAGUUCUGCUGAGGACAAGCAGAGGUUUGCUGCACUGAUAAAGGAGCUGAAGCAAGCCAUUAAACAGGAAGCCAUAGACAACAGGAAGACCCAGCUGCUGCUUUCAAUCAAAGCAGGAGCGCUUAGGCCCACCAUUGAUGCAGCUUAUGAAGUCCCUGAAAUAACAAGUGAAGUAGACUUUCUCAGCAUCAUGACUUAUGACUACCAUGGUUCAUGGGAGAAGGUUACAGGUCACAACAGUCCUCUUUUCAAGAGUUCUCUAGAUCAAGGAACACACACCGAACACAAUAUUGAUGCUACUGUGUCUUACUGGAUAAGCAAAGGGGCUCCAGCUGAAAAGCUGCUUCUGGGUUUCCCCACAUAUGGACGCACUUUCCGCCUUACCACCUCCUCAACAGGCCUCGGUGCACCAGCCAAUGGCCCAGGUGAUGGUGGCCCUUACACACGUGAUCCUGGCUUUUGGUCUUUUUAUGAGAUCUGUACUUUUGCACCGGGGGCCAAGGUAGAAUGGAUCACUGAGCAGAGCGUUCCAUAUGCCACUAACGGAGUAGCAUGGGUGGGCUAUGACAACCAAGAAAGCUUUGCUGCCAAGGUUCAGUAUCUCACAUCCAUGAACCUAGGUGGGGCAUCAGUAUGGACCCUUGACCUGGAUGACUUUGGAGGAUAUUUCUGCGCACAGGGAGACUACCCUCUUGUUAACCACCUACGCAACUCUCUGGGUUUCCCUCCCAAGCCAACCACCACUCAGCCUCCAACCACUACCCCAGACCCUAUUGCCUCCUUUUGUGCUGGAAAACCUGAUGGUUUGUACCCAAACCCUGCUGAUGUCAACACUUACUUCCAGUGCUUCCGUGGAAACACCUACUUGCACCGGUGCCAACCAGGCCUGGUCUAUGUUGAUGCCUGCAAAUGCUGCAACUGGCCAUAAGAAGCCAGAAAAUAUAUGUAAAAAAAAUAUUCAAUAAAAUCAAAGCCAUACUCCACACAAUAUUUACCAUGUCUUUCAGUUUAUAUACUGUACAUUUGAUCAGUUGUUAACACUGUUGACUAUCACUUAUCAGUGUUAAGAUGAAACUUUUGUGUGGGCAGUCACAAAUACAAACUACAGAACUCUUGUUUCUGGUUUAAUAUCACAUGCUACAGACAAAAAGUCAGUCUCUAGUUUAAUUGAAUUUGUUUAAUUUCACACGCAAGUUGUAAAUUUU